AUGAUCACAUUUACGUCGGAAAGUUUGCAAAAAUAUGAUACAGUUUAUUUGGGUGGUAAAUAUGCAUUCGAACGAGCUUUAAUAGAAAAUUACACUUGCCAAUUGAUCAGCAGUGCCAGUUCAUGGCAGAAGUUUGUUGAUGGACUUAAUCUGGGUGCAUUCAACGCUAGUUUGAUUGAAACAAAGAUCGACUGGAGAAAAAGACGUGCGAUGGCAUUUAUUAAAUACAAGAUAGUUGAAUUUGAUUUGUCUAUUGGUACAUCAACAGUGUCCAUACCCAGUUCAGCCGAACAAUUCGAUUUAUGGAUCUGGAAUCAGUACGAGCGUCUUCUUUCAUCUUUCGUUUGCCUGUGGAGCAACCACAAAACUAUCAUAAAACCGUGUGAAUCGAAUUGUAGCCAAUGUAUCAUAAUUGAUGGUCAUCAAAAGUGCCGUCGGCGAUUUUGUCGAGCAAAGAAUGCUUAG